AACGCGAUGAGAUGAAGUUGCCGGAAGCGGACCGAAUGCUCCUCGUGUGACAGUGAUUGAAACGAACUGAGGAGGUCGAAGCUUUCAUUGUUAAAAGUUCUUUCCGGUGUAGUUAAUUACAGUUGGCUACUUUUGAUUUAUGUCUGUCCGUGCAUUAUUUUUUGGUGGUGGUUGAGAGGUAGCUAUCUGUUUGCUUGUACGCAAUAGAACUUUAAAAGUAGUUUUUUUAUGCACAAAUGUCUCGUUGUCACUACCCUGCAGACGAAGAGACAAAAAAACAGGCAUUGACAGUGCAUGCAAGCCGUCCGACAUGGGGAGCGCGUUUUCUCGCCUCGACGGCAACAGACUGUCGAGCCUGCGGGAGAGGUUGAAGGGCAACCGGCGGCCAGGUGAGGGGAGGCCGACAGACUUCGACGAUGACUCCCUGGAUGGACUCGUCAGGAGCGAAGACAUUGCCCAGUUUCCUUACGUGGAGUUCACCGGCAGAGACAGCAUAACGUGCCCGGCGUGUCAAGGAAGUGGACGCAUGCCAACGGAUCAAGUCAAUGAAUUGGUUGCAUUGAUCCCAUAUACCGACCAAAGGCUGCAGCCUCAAAGAACCAAGCUCUACGUGGUUCUGUCCGUCGUGCUGUGUUUCCUUGCGUCCAUGCUGGUGGCCUUCUUCCUCUUCCCGCGAACAGCGAUUGUGGUGGAUGAUGGGAUAUGUGCGGUGACGGUGCACUUUGACCCCGCAACCUACAAGGUCCAGAUGAACUUAACGAGCACGCUGAACUUCAGCAACCCAAAUUUUUUCUCAAUGUUGGUGGAGAGUGUUAGCUCUCAGGUGCUCUACAUGAAGAAGGUGAUCGGCACGCGUCAGCUUAGCAUUGCCACCACCAUCUUACCACUUAGCAAGCGUCAGGUGAACUACACGGUCAGCGUGGAGAUUGGCAGCAGUGCACCAUAUGUCUAUGCUUUCUGCACCAUGCGCAGCAUCAAGGUCCACAACAUCCUUGUUUUCAUGCAAACCUCGGUGAAAACCUCACACAUGGUGCGAACGUCCCAGAACAGCCUGGAAGCGUAUCACUACAUCGACUGUGGCUCCAACACCACAUACCAGCACUGGCACCCCUUCGUGGCCCCCUAGCCAACUCUCAUUACCACAGAUGUGGGGAGGGAUGGUGUAUUCCUUCACUGGAGUGUUUGGUUGAAGUUUGCACAUGAUUGGGUUCCAUGACCAAACUGCCUCUUGAAUUGAGCAGCUUCCCAAACAAGGUUAUAUGGGUUUUUUUUUUGUUUUUUUUUUUAUGAUUCAGGUACCAAACAAAAAAAAGAAUUCUCAAAACUCAGACAUUGCACUUGUAGAUUAGAAGUUGAAUAGUCUUUGCCAAAGAUAAACUCUUGAAGGAAGCGUGUAUUUAAUAUUUAUUUUCAUGAUUAUUCUUUUUUUUUUUUCUUUUUUGCCACGAUGUUUAACACUGUACGAUUGACAGAAUGUUUAUUUGCGCAGACUGUCCCAGUCCGCGAUAGACUCUUGUUGAAAAGGAGAAGUACGCCUACAGUUUCGAAGAGCAAACCCUAUCGUAAAGCCAAAGUGACUGAGAAAUGCAAACCCAAUGAAACCUUUUGGAAAUGCUGUUCGUGGUUACAAAUGUUAAUCCGGCUGCAAAGAAUUUGUAAACUACAGCGCACGUCUAUGUGUUUGAUUAGGAAGACGUGAGGCUAACAUUCGUGCAUUUGAACAAUCAUAAGGCAAAGAAUCAAGGUGUCUAAUUUUUUUUUUUUUUUUUUUAUGGGGUGCUAUUUGUACAAUGAAGCUUUCUCUGACUAAAACAUUUUAGCAGAUGUUUUAAAAAUAAUGACUUUGACAUGUGUUGUAAGAAUAAAGAAGCA